AUGAGCACAUCACAAAAACCGCUUCCUAUCAGCUUGGCAAGCUCACUGAAUUCAACGAAGUGCGAAUACCGACAGUUGGGCAGAUCGGGAUUACGCAUUUCUGUUCCUAUCCUCGGCUGCGCUGGCUUCGGAGAUCCUACAGGCAUUCGACCGUGGGUCCUGGGUGAAGAAGAAGCAAUAUCUCUUCUCAAAGCCGCAUAUGACCGCGGCAUCAACACCUGGGACACGGCAAAUAUCUAUUCGAAUGGAUUGUCAGAAGCCUUCAUCGGAAAGGCCAUCAAGAAGCAUGCUAUCAAGAGAGAGAAAGUUGUUCUUCUUACGAAGUGUUUCUAG